AUGAUCGUGGAUGCUGCCGCGAAGGCCACUGCUGGUGAUGUCCAGUGCGCGGCUAGGCUGAAUUCAGGGGCGACCCAGGCAGAACUGCGGAGUGCCUACUACAAGCGCGCCAAGCUCCUCCACCCGGACAUUGCGGGCGAGGCCUCCCAUGCCGACUUCCGUCGUCUUCGGGAGGACUAUGAUGAAGCCACAAAGCUCAUGCAGAACCAGGCAAGCACCGAUCCAGGUGCUUUCCGAGAGGAGCAGACCUGGGACCUCGGAGGCCAACGCUGGAAGCCUGGCGCGUUCGGCGGGAACUUCCACGGCAACUCUGCCGGGUUUCAAGAGGGCGAGGUGAACUUCGACCCCCACGCGUUCCGGGAGAGGCAGCGAUCUCACGCGAGGCAGGAGGCAAAGGGCUACAGCUACCAGGCCGCGGGUCGCGGCUCCUCCGCCUCCGAUGGCAAGCGGGCGUUCAAUCCCGCCCAUGUCUUCAAGGGCACCCUGCUGAUGUCCGGGGCCUUCUUCGCAGGCAAUUCCUUGCUCCGCCACUGGCGGCAAGAAGCUGCGGAUUUCCGUCGGGUCUACACCUGA